AUGGAGGUUGUCGUCUUACUCAAAAUUGAUUCAACUGGCGCUCUCAUUUUUCUUGGUAUGAGAUUAGGGUUUUGGAUCUCAAGCAGCAUAGAUGUCUUCGCUAUCAGGUUUCCUCAAGAUACAAAUUUUUCUUCAUCAGAGUUCUUUCAAGGAAUAAAGGUAUUACGGCCUAACUCAGCCAGAGAAUCAGGAUUUCUCUUCAUUUUGUUUAAGCUUGGUAGUGAUUCUUCUAUGGAGGCUUCAACUGGGGAUAAUUGGAUUAGGGCUCGAUCUUGUGGUUAUCUUGAGCUUCUCUUUCUUCUACAUUGUGGACUUGUUUUGAAUGAUACAGUUUUUGGUUCUCAUCAAAUACUUGUUACUUUAAUUUUUUCGGAAGAACACUCAUCUUCAUCUUCAACCUUCUUCAUUCUUGAACCUGGCUUGAAACUUCUUCAAUCUUUUGCAACUCCUGCUUCUUCAAUUCAUAACCUCACGCUUCAUCCAGCUCCUUCAUCAACCGUCAUUCACAAAAAAGGCUUUCUCUGCAUAAUCCUCAACGAAUCUUCAUCUUCCUCAAUCACAAUGUCUAAGCCCUCUCUGAUUCUCUGCGUUUUCAAAGCUCUUUUUCUUUGCAACUUCAAUAUUAAUCAUCUUCCCUGUGCUUCAAUCUGCAGCUUCAUAAUAACAACCUCUUUUCGCUCCUCCAUAUUCGAGGUACCUCCAUCUCUUUCGUUCUUCAGAAUAUUCAUUCAUCUCUGCACACGUUUCAAACAACCAUAG